GGCAUUUAUCAGCAAUGGCUAUGGAUGUAUCAAAGUUGGCAGGUUCUUCCAAGGACAAACUGCAUAAAGAAUGGGCUGAUUUCAAAGUGAGUGCCAAGGUCAGUGCAAAGCCUGUUUGCCCGUAUGCCAUUGGAGGGCAGAGGGACACCCCCAUAUCAGCUCUAGACAGUGUCAGCAAAGGCAUGUGCAUCUGGGAGGAAUGCCUCAAGUUGACAAUUGACCCCACAGUUGACAGAUCCCGAGGGGUGCUGCCAAGUGAGGUCAUGGUGGGAGCAGAGGGACAGGUUACUCUCUACCCUCCACGCCGUCACAUCAAUAUCGAAGUCGGAGGAUCCACACCAGGAAGCACAGUGUCUUCUGCUUCCAAAGCCAGCCAGAGCAAACCCAAAUCCCUCCCAGGAGUUCCCAUUCCUAAGGGCAAGCCACAAACACCAAAGGCAGCUUUGAUGACUGCAGUAGAGCAGUCGGGAAAUUACAUGCUCGACCACAUCAAACGGAUCAGUGAAAAUGGCUUUAUUACUGGCAAUAAUAAGAUCCUCUUUAUAUGCCUUGCUUCUGCAGCUUUAGUAAGGAACAGACUCAAUGCCUAUAAGGAUAUCCUAAAACAACCAAGUUCCAAAAAUCUUACGAGUGCACUGGGACGAUGUGGUGAGAUGGUUGAGUUCCUGAUGCAGAACAUCCUCAGCUACAACUGCGACCUGCUUCACUCAGCCCUCUUGCAUGAUCCCGCCAGCCACGACUGGACUAACGUUAAACCAUACCAUGAGAAUGAAAAGUUCUCGGAAAGCAUUCAGAUGUGGGCUUUUUACAUGCAAGGUGUUCGAAAUGAUUUGUGGCAGUAUACUUCUCCACGGAUGAGCGAAAGUAUUUUAGCGAGCAUAUUUACGGACACUCUAAGCAUCUUAGUCACAAGAUAUGCCCAGAUUGAACCUAGUGACAUGAGACUUCAGCAAUACAAGGCAGAUGUUGUUGCAAUCUUGACAAUAGUUGCCGCUACUCUCCCUUCCCUUGUAGCCUCUCCAACGAUGCUCUUCUCAGUUCGCAUCCAUGAGUCUGUUGCUCUGCCUAUCCAUCGGCGUGCAGAUCUGCUGCUCAAAGUUGCUGCUCUCAAGUGUGCUCCGAUCGAAAAUGUGGCAAGAAUAUUCCACAAAGGCUUUGACAAUGCAGUAAAGAGAACAGGAUACCCAGACUCGCCAACAAGCAUCGAGUCCACUCCAGCUUGGCUCACUUUCCUCAAUCCUUCGCUGUUUCCUCACGGGCAGUCAUCUCUCAGGUUCCUCGGAGACCACCAAGCUGUCUAUCUCACCUUGCUUACGGUGGCCAGUCGACCGCAGCCCCAGUAUCCACUCAUAAUAAGGGGUUUACUGAUGCGGAAGUUCUUGGGUACAAAGACCCUGAUGGAGGGACUGCAUGAUGCCCCUGGACAGGUCACAGCAGGAAAACCCUGUGAUGGCCCCAUGUGCAUGCCACACCUGUGCUCACCUCCUCUGAUUCCUCACACUGUGUACGCUGCCAUUGCUCAGAUUGUGAUGAGAUGUGUGGAUUGGACGCCAGCCUUGUCCAACCUUAUUGGUCCUGGCGUCAAACAGUCUGGCUUAUGGGAUUCCUUAGACCGCACACAGGUUUGGAACAUCCAGCGCCCCCCAUGGCAUCAUGCUCUCGUGCAGUUGAUUGCUCCAAGCGUAGUGGGUGUUGUUUCUGAGGUCAUGAGAGCAGUGCCUCCCAAGCCUCCCGCUAAGCCAGCCCACCCCAGCCAGCUAUCAGUCAGGCUUGAGCAUCAUCUGGCCGCUUGGACUCUGCAGCUGUUAACUGGCCUGGAAGGUGUUGCCGAUUCGGUUCCUCUCCCAGUCAUUUACGCGGCUCACACCAUCAACACGUACCUUCCUCCAACCAUCAAGCCUACAGGAGGGCAUGUGGUUACACAUUUGGUGGUUAAUGCCCUGUAUUCAACUGUGAAUUCACGAGAGUCCCUGGACCAGUUGAAUGAUUCCCCAAUCACUGAUGGACAGUGGGAUAUGAUGAUUGCUGUUGGUGAGAGGCUGUGUUCUUUGCAUGAUGGGAACUAUGACACACACCUGAAGCAGAUGACACGAGCACUGUUAUUGCAGCUAGAAGACCUUGAAGACGAGGAGGAAGAAGACAGCCUGGAUGACUACACAGAUGAAGAUGUGAUUGACAGUGUUUGCAAUGCUCUUGUUAAUACUGUCCUCUCAUCCGUUCAAGGCCAACAUGCAUUAGUGGUUAUUUGGGAAUUCCUGAAACGUAACAUGGAGUGGAUGCAGGAAGCAUUGGAAGUACCGGCCUUGUUGCCUUUGACAUCCAGCAAUCCACCCACUGCCCUGAACUUCUCUCCCAAGCCAUCUGUAUACAACCCCCUGCACUACUACAAGAGGAUGAUCUACACACGUUUAGAUCAAGAAAGUCUCAUGAACUUCAAAGGUGACUGGGAUGCCAUUCUGUGGAGUGACUUGGGUAUGCCAAAGGAGACAAUCGUUGAUAUUCUGCGACAAAGACCAGAGUUCCAGGAGGACCCAUAUCUCACACCAAGUCAGAAAUUAGCCAUGAAGAAAUUGGCACCAUUUGUGGUUCCCAGUGAUGAUUGCAGUUCGAAAAAUGAGGAGUGAGGGAAUGCAGUGGGAGGAUGAGGAUAUAAAAGGAGGAGAAUAGAAAGGGGGAAAAGCAAGCAGUGAGAGAAGGAGGUAAAAAGAGAAAAAAAGGAGAAUGAGAGAACAGAAGUGAAGACUGAGAGAAAUAGGACUAAAGGAACAUAAAGCAGAGUUAAAACAUGAAAAAUGAAGAGUGAACAAAACAAAACAAAAAAAAAAUAGAGGAGUGAGUGAGCACAAAAUGAGUGAAAAAGUGUAAAGUGAAGACCAAGAGAAUAAAAAGUACAGAGCAACAGAAACAAAAAAUGAAGGGGAGAAGAAAACAGAGUAGUGAGAGAAUGAAUUGAUGUGUGCCUUUUAACUUAAAUUGGUUACUUUUGAGAAGAUAGUGCCUUGAGAUCAAAAAAAUUCUCAAGACAACAUGAUUUGAUGAAAAGAAAAUAUAUAUCGUCAUCCUUUUUGGUUCAUAUUUGAAGUCGAAAGUGUAAACCUCUUGCUUGUGAAUUUGAUAAUCUUCAUUUAUAAAUUUAUAUAAUAUCUCUUUUAAGUCAUUGCUCUCUUGAAGUUACAGAAACACAGACCACUUUUAAAUUAUUAAUAGUCAGUUAUAUAUGCCUGUCCAGAUCUCAAAACAAUGGCUGCCUCAAUAAAAAUAUUUUUCAGCUUGAAGAUAAUGUUAUUGCCUCAUAAUUGUCACUGUUUUCAUGCACAGUUUUUGGUGCUUGUUGAUCAUUCUGAUACAAUUUGUUAAAUUAUAGGUGCUAAGUACAUAGAUGCUAGACAGUAGACUUCUUAUAUAAAAUUAUGUAGCUCUUACUUCAGCAUUGGAUAUAGCUACACGUAUAUUGUAAAUCUUAAAGUUGCUUCAUGAAUUAAUUGAAGCAUGUAGGAGUGAUUUCUUGAUUUUGCCUUGCCAUCUAAAGUAAUUUUUGUUGUAGUUUAUUUUGAAUUUGAUUAGAAAAUAUAGAUUACAAAAGGGCAGUUUUAAACAUGUAACUGAGAUCUGCUAAUAAUCUGCUGUGUGUGUGUAUUAUAUAUAUUGUAUAUGUUAAAAUUUACCAAGUAAUAAAAUACAGUUGAGUUAACUU